AUGACGAAUACGGGGGAUUCUACUUCGAUCGGUGCGGCCUUUCCGGUGACGGAUGCCGGCACGGAAGACCAAAGAGUGAGGAAAGUGGGCGCUAUCGAGAAGAUGCUGCGCACGGACCGUGGUCUACUAGACGUGGAGCCACCACUGUGGGAGGCGCUGCCUCACAGCAUGGCGUUUGACCCGAAGGGAGCCCCUUUGCUUAGUAAUAUCAAGGCGCACUUUGCCCGUGAAGGGCUGCUGCUGGAGGAGGAUGCGCUGGAGCUUGUCGCCCGCUGUGCUUCUAUCAUGAAGCGUGAGUCAACGCUGUUGCGGGUGGAUGGGGCCGCCAUUAUAUGUGGCGAUCUCCACGGCCAGUUCUUUGAUCUUUUGAAGAUAUUUGAGCUGGGAGGUGAGCCCGGGGAGCAGCAGUACAUUUUCCUUGGCGACUACGUGGACCGCGGCAGCUUCGGUGUUGAGAUUGUACUUCUCUUCAUGGCGUAUAAAAUACGCCACCCCGGGCACUUUUUCCUCAUCCGCGGAAAUCACGAGUCACGGCAUCUGACGUCAUAUUUUAACUUUAAACGGGAGGUUGAGUACAAAUAUUCACUCGAACUCUACAAUGAAAUUAUGUCGGCGUUUGACUGUCUCCCCCUCGCGUGCCUGCUUAACAACAGUUUCUUCUGCGUCCACGGAGGCCUGUCACCGGAGAUCCGGCGCUUGGAGGAUAUUGACCUCAUCCACCGCUUUCGGGAACCGCCGUCGUCCGGGCCAAUGUGCGACCUCCUCUGGUCAGACCCAACGUCAGAGCUGACGGAGGAGGUGGCCUCACCGGAGGCGCAGUUUAGCCCCAACACAGUCCGUGGCUGUUCCUACUCCUACUCUCACGAGGCGGUCUGCCGCUUCCUUGAAGCAAACGACUUGUUGGGCAUAAUUCGCGGUCAUGAGGCCCAAACUGAGGGUUAUCGGCUUUACGCCAAUAGCCCCAUGGGUGUGCCGGGGGUAGUAUGCGUUUUUUCCGCCCCAAACUACUGCGAUACAUAUAAUAAUCGUGCUGCUUUUAUCCAUGUGAAGGGGGACGUUAUGAAAAUACGCCAAUACAACAGCAGUUUACAUCCAUACUAUCUACCAAACUUUAUUAAUGCCUUCACCUGGUCCUUUCCCUUUAUGGCAACUAAGAUCUACGAGCUUUGGAACGAGGUUAUAGGAACCAACAUUGAGAGUGGCCCGCUGGUGCCAGUAGCUGUGUUUGAGGAGCGCAUUGCAAAACUGCGGGGAAAAAUCGUCAGUAUGACUGAAGCAAUGCAUGAGUUACGCCUUAUUGGUGAAGGAAAUGGUGCGGAGAAGAAAUAA